AUGGCAACAGUUUAUAUUUUCAUCUUUGCUACAAUAUCAACAUUAGUCUUGGCAGAAUUUUAUAGUUCCCGCUAUGAUGAUUUUGAUAUACAGCCUCUACUAGAGAAUGAUAGAAUUUUGUUGAGCUACACCAAAUGUUUUCUUGACCAAGGUCCAUGUACUCCAGAAGCAAAGGAUUUUAAAAAAUUCCUUUCAGAGGCAAUACCUGAGGCUUUAGAAACAACUUGUGGUAAAUGCUCUCCAAAGCAAAAACAACUCAUUCGAAAAGUGAUUAAGGCAUUAAUAGAAAAACAACCACAGGCCUGGGAGCAGUUAGUUGAAAAAUAUGACACGGAGAAGAAAUAUAGAGAAUCUUUCAAUAAAUUCAUAGAGGAAGAAGAUUAA